CUCGGGCAAAAUCUAAGGACUACAGUCCACAAUUUUUCUCUGGACUGACGGCUUUUGUACAGUCCACCAUGAAGACUGGAAAUCUUGCUACGCUGAUGUUCAUAGCUGCUGCCAGUUUACUUGUGGAAGUAAGUGCUGAUGAUGGUGACCAGAUGUGCCCACAUGAAUACUUCAAAAAGCAUCCUGAAGCCUUUCAAAAGACAAUGAAGAUGAUAAAAGAAAAGGGAGACAACUUUGAUUUCAGUAAACUUCAAAGCUGCUCAGAAAAUGAAAAAUGUCCAGAAAAUAGGUUAUGCUGCAAAUCUCCUUGUGGAAUGAAAUGUAUGAGGCCAGUUACCGAGGAAAACGCAGAGGAGGUACUGGAUCUAAUACAAAAAGAUAUUGAAGUACAAGAAUUUUUGGAACCAUAUGUGGAGACUGAAGAUGACAAGAAAUUAGGGAUGUGUCCCGGGAAUUAUCUGAGGACACACCCAGAGUUUAAAGAAAAAUUGGUAAACGGAUGGCUCAAAAAAGUCAAGGAGCACAAACAUGAUGGCCAGAGCAAUGGCAAAGAUUGUUCUGGAAAGCAUUUCCACAAAUUGUCUGCCAAGGCUGACUGUAGCGUGGAUGGAGACUGUUCUGAUCAAACGAGGUGCUGCAGGACCAUGUGUGGGAAGAAGUGCAUGAAACCCGUGUUCACUGAAGAAGAUUAUAAGAAGUCAAUGUUUGGAGAUAAGGGCGAGAACAAGCAGAAACGAGAUCUAGAAGCACAAGAAGAAGGAUCUGACAGCCCUCCUGGAGAGGACCUGGAUCAUGAUCACAACCAAUGUAAACAUGGCAAAUGCCAUAAGAAAAGACCGGGCCAAGAUAGAGACAACGAAGAAGAAUCUGAGGAAGAAGGCAGGGGCCAUGGGAAAAAAAGAGAACAUGGCAAAGGACCUAAGCAUGGCAAGGGGUGCAACAAAGGAAAAGAACAUGGCAAGGGCAAAGGGAAAGGGUUACAAGAGGGCAAAGGACCUAAACAUGGAAAGUGCCCUGGAAAAGGAUGUAAGCAUGGCAAGGGUCAUGGUAAAGGACUAGAGAAUGAUGAUGACGACUCGGAAAGCCAUGAAAAUAAAGGCCAGGUUGAAGAGGGAGAUGGAAACUUAAGAGGAAAACGGCUUGCUGAAUUUAGAGCAGACAAUGAAGAUGAACACGGAUCAACAAAUGAAGAGGAAACCGGAAAAUGUAAAGGAAAAGGAAAAGGAAAAGGAAAGGGAAAAGGAAAGGGAAAAGGAAAAGGAAAAGGAAAAGGAAAAGGAAAGGGAAAAGGAAAAGGGCACAGAGAAGAUGAAGAGUAAUAUUAAUCUGAGGAAUAAUUAUUGAAGACCAAAACUUAGUUGUAUGUAGAAAAAAAUUCAAGCAUUAAAAUUUUUAAAGCAUCAA